AUGCAAACACAGGGAGACAGCGGAAUAUCCGUGAAUAAUGGCGGUAUUGCAAGGUCGGAGGCCAAGCGCGUUGUCGUUCUGAAGACGGCCGAAAACUUGCAACGGGAACCUUCCUCGUUCGCCUCUUCAUCCAAGAUCUGGAAACCUGGUUGGCCCAUCUAUGGCUCUGGUUCGACGGAGACCAUUAGCUACUCCUCACCGGCUGUAUUAGAAUAUGAUGAUUGGAUGCACAUCGUCGUUCAAGGUACGGACUCGGAAUUGUACUGGGCCACAGGAACUCCAUCAGGCUUCGGAGUACAAACGCUGGCUUUUCCAACAUCCGGUGCCUCCAAACCGCAAGGCUGCGCUGCUUUGGCUGCUGUGUAUCAACCUGGCGUGCGUUCCAGUACAGGGGGGGUCGAACGGUGGAAUCUCCACAUGAUCUAUCAAGGGGCGCAGGAAUUUACCAUUCAAGAUUGCACGAGCGCAACCGCCGGUCAGGUCAUUGGUACCCAAAACCAGCCAAGUCUCAUUAGCUCUGGUGGCAAGCUGUUCUGUGCAUUCCUUGGCUGGGGCUCCGACGAUGUGUACUUUUGUGUAUGGACGCCCGGUACUAAUGCUUCGCAACUAGGAAGUUGGAGUAAGCCAAUUCCCACUGGUGUAAAGUCCUCGCAAGGCCCUGCACUUUACAUGAAGACUGGUCAAAUACACAUGGUCACUAUGGAUCCCCAGACUGAGAACAACCUGACUGAUGUGACACUGCAGUAUUCGUCUUCCGCAGGCACAUUCAGCGUCGCGAACACCUCUCUUCUCAGCCUGCACGCCAACAGCUGCACCGCUCUGAACAAUGCUGGCACAAUAUUUCUUGCUUUCCGAAACUCACAAGACAAUAAUGUAUGGUUCUGCGAGCUAAGCGAAGACGCACCAAUAACCAUCAAUUAUGCGAUGAUGGUGGAUACCAUGUCCGCUGUCAGGCCUGCUUUAGUGGUUGACAACGGUGUCUUGAGCUGUAUCUAUACAUCUCCAACAAAUGCUGUUACUUGGUCUCAGGCGACUGCGUAUCAAACACAAACAGCGGGAUGGAUGUCACUGAUCCACGACAGUGUCUAUUGGACAGAGCUAUCUAUACCCGGAACGCACGAUAGUGGCGCAAGAUUUGGACCUAUAGUCCUAGCAGAUCAAUGGCAAGCACAGGACAUGGAUAUAUCGCAGCAAUUGUAUGCUGGCAUUAGAUACUUUGACAUUCGACUGGCCAACUAUGGAGGUAUCCUGACUGUCUAUCAUGGUGAUCCAGCUGGUAUCGGAUAUGGUCAAGGCCCGUUCACUGACGCGAUCACUGCCUUCAACAAUUUUCUUGCCCUACAUCCACAAGAGGUUGUCUUGUGCCAAAUCAAACAAGAAGACAGUACCGACUAUCCGACGUUUCUGCAACUGGUACAGUCGGUCACGAGGUCACAACCGAAUUGGGUCUUCAACUCCCAGCCCCAGCAAAUGGAAAAUCUACGCGGCAAAGUGCAAGUACUGUAUCGUGGUAGCACAACAGUGACGUCGCGGCUUGGUAUAGAUCUUUCUGCCUGGCCAGACAACUCUCAGGGUGACACAUGGGCCUCGAAUCUGCCGCCGUUCAAUAUCUGGCUGGAGGACUACUACAGUGUCCAAGGAUUUAGCGCUUCCACGAUGUUCCAGAACAAGUGGAACUCCAUUCAGAGUAUGCUUGACCGUGCUCGGGCAAUGCCUACCAAUCCCAUGGAUUUGAAUUACAUACUAAAUCAAUUGACAUUGUUUCUCGCAUACACAAGCUUUGCUGGACAACCAAGUAUCGACCCCGAAGAUGCUGCACUGGGCAUACCCCUCAUGCCUGGUCAAGGCAUCCCGCUCAAGGGUAUGAAUACGAGGCUCAAGGAAUAUCUUACCCAACAAGUUCCUGGUUCGGCACGACUUGGAGUCAUCCUGAUGGACUUUCCUGAUGCGGGCUCUACUCCUGACCUGAUACAGACAAUUAUUCAGAAGAACAAUUUCUCGAUGACCAGCUAG